AUGAAGACGAAGAUUGUUCUACUUUUUGCCAUAAUUCUGUGCGCGUAUGCUGCAGGAAAUGAAGAGAAGAAAACUGAAGAAGAUGAUAUGCUGAAAGACAAGAGACAAACGGAAGAGGGGAACUCUGAUGGAAUGUACCGAUCGCCAAGAAAACAAGAACAAGCCGCACCUGUGGAAGAACCACAAGAAGACGAUAAGUCAUCUGGGAAACCAGAAUUGGAGGAGUAUCGUCCUGGGCAAGUUUUCUCUCUCAACGCUCAGGAGUUGCUUGAGUUGCAGCCCGAAAGAAAAGCGCCUUUAGCUGGUGGGCAACAGCUGCAACAGCUGCAACAGUUGUACGCCAACCCUCAGCCCGAGCAAAAGCAGAAUUUGCAGCCAUUCUACUACCUAGACCCGCAACUGUCGCCACAGGUGUCCCUGCAACCGUCGCACACGGUCAUCGCGCGCCCCCAUUACUCUUCGAACGGCGGGGAAGCCUCCGUGGGCGCUGCGCUCUCCGUUAGCGACACGGGCAGCGGCCCCGCUCACACCUUCGACCAAGACCUGCUGGCUCUCUUCGGCCACGCGGCCCGACAGGACGACCAGAGGCCGCAAGUUUACACCCCAACCCAGCAACCGCUGCUAGUGGCACCGCAAGCGGCUGCACCGCAAUAUCAACAGAUUGAGAGAUACGUGACCAAACCUACGAAGAAACCGACGAAAUUGCGACCUAAAAUUCAAUUCACAUCAACCCAGGCGCCUGCUGCUCCCCAACAAUAUCUAAUAGAGACCACAAAUGUACAAGCACAGCAGCAAUUACAAAACCAAUACCGCUCUCUACAACCCCAGCGUACGGCACAAACCCUUCGCUUCAUCCCCAUACCGGAGUCGCAGCCAUCUAUACCGCUGUAUGAGCGGCCUGAAUCUCAGGGUCUGAAAAUUGUUCCCGCUCCUAAUUUGCAAAAUUUACAACCACAGGCUCAAAACAACUACGUUUAUAUUCCGCAAUAUCAACAACCCGAACUUGUUCAAAAGCAAUACAGGUUUCUAGACACGCAAAGGCAACAAAUUCAGGCAGUAAGACAAGAGCAGCCCCGAAUUGCGCUAUCGAAUGUUGAGAGACCAUUGACUUACCUGAAACGAUUCCCCGACCCAGAGAAAGUUCGCACUGUCAAAAUCUAUAACCAAGCUGGCCCGGAAGGUGUUCCUUCAGCCCCUCAGCCCACGCAAAUCAUCGGAGAACAGUACUUCCUGCGGCCUUUGUACCGAUCAAACGACCAGAGAGGCAGAUACGAAUUAUCACAAUUGUCUUUAAGACAAUCGGAGCAGGCGCGAUUUCUCGAAGCGACGAAGGCCCCACUUUCGACAAUAUAUGUGAACAAGAACCUCUCACCCAAGAAGGCCUCGAGGCCUGCACUCAGAAUAGAGCCAUCGGCAAAACUGGAACAAUCGGGGCAGAGUUAUACAGCGGAGCAGCCCGCCAACUCCGAUCAGAUAUCCGUGGAGCAACAAGCCAGGGCGUUGGAUGCCCAACGUCGACAAUUGCCCCCGCCGAAGAACAACAAGGCAUACACGCAAGAGGAGUUCGCGGCCUUAGUUGCUGCUGGCUAUUCUGUGACCCCCAUCCCGGUGGGCAAUUCGGGGCAGCAAGCGGCGCAGUCGCGGUCAUCCGUGGAGGCGAUACAAAUACCGCAACGCCACCCGUUAUACAACAAUCGUCACCAGUAUCUUCCCCUGAGAUCUGACGAAGCGCCU